CCCGCCGCCGGUGUCCGCUGAGUCCCCCCGCGCUGUCCCGCAGGGCUCCGACCCCGAGCUGGGCGCUUCGGGGGACUCUGAUAUGGAGCUGCUGCGGAGCCUCCUGUCCCGGACGCUGGGGCUGGGCGGGGAGAAGCCCGAGAAGGUGCUGGAGGAGCUGACGCUGGAGGGAGUGAGCCGCUUCCUGCAGAGCGAGAGAUGCAAGAACGUGGUGUGCAUGGUGGGCGCCGGGAUCUCCACGUCCGCUGGGAUCCCCGACUUCCGCUCGCCUGGCACCGGCCUUUACUCGAACCUGCAGAGCUACGACCUCCCCUACCCCGAGGCCAUCUUCGAGAUCAGCUUCUUCAAGGAGCACCCUGAGCCUUUCUUUGCUCUGGCGCGGGAGCUCUACCCUGGGCAAUUCAAGCCCACGCUGUGCCAUUACUUCAUGCGCCUGCUGCAGGACAAGGGGCUGCUGCUGCGCUGCUACACACAGAACAUUGACACACUGGAGCGGGUGGCGGGGCUGGAGCCCGAGCGGCUCGUGGAGGCUCACGGCUCCUUCUUCACCUCCCACUGCCUGCGCCCGGGCUGCCGGCGCCAGUACGGGCUGCCCUGGAUGAGGGAGCGCAUCUUCUCCUCGCUGGUGCCCAAAUGUGAGCAGUGCCAGGGCCUGGUGAAACCCGACAUUGUGUUCUUCGGAGAGAGCCUCCCCUCGCGCUUCUUCACCCUCCUGCAGUCGGACUUCCAGCAGGUUGAUCUGCUCAUCAUCAUGGGCACCUCACUGCAGGUCCAGCCCUUCGCCUCCCUCGUCAGCAGGGUCCCCACCAACACCCCCCGGCUCCUCAUCAACAAGGAAAAGACCGGGCAGAGUGACCCUCUUAUGUCCCUCAUGGGCUUUGGCUGCGGCAUGGACUUUGAUUCAGACAAGGCUUAUAGGGACGUGGCUUGGCUGGGAGAGUGCGACAAGGGGUGCCUGGAACUGGCAGAGCUGCUGGGAUGGAAGAAGGAGCUGGAGGAGCUGGUGAGGAAGGAACAUGCUGCCAUCGAUGCCAAAGCCAUCCAGGGGGGCAAAGGCAAGGCUGUGGGGGGCAGCCAGGACCCCCCCCCACCAUCUGGGGGGGGCACUGAGACCCCCCCCCAUUGACCCAGUGGGGCUGUGGCAUUAAAUGGGGGCUUCUCAGCA